AUGACCAACAGCCCCUCAGACAAACUUCGAGUCGCCAUUAUAGGUGGUGGAAUCGCCGGCCUCGCUGCUGCUGCAUUCCUCCGCAAAUAUCACCAUUGCAAUAUCAUUGUUUACGAGCGUCGUGAUGCAGACUCCCAGGAGACUUCGGCGGCACUCGGGCUUGGAGAUAAUGGCAUCUCCAUUGCCAAGCAGCUUGGCAUUGACAGGAAAGAGAUUCGUGGGGUUGCAGGCGCCGGGUACCGGACUUACAACAUCCACGAGAAGGAGAUAAGCAAGUCGCGGAUUGGUGAUGGGGGUGAAGAUAGUGGCAUGUGGCUUGUCUAUCGACAGGAUCUUAAAGACGCGCUGUUGCGGAGAGUCACCGGUGAUGGGGAUGGGGAGGCUAUCAAGGUACUAUACGGUAGUCAUGUGGUGAACGUUGAUCCGGAGGCUGGUAUUGUUGAAUUUGCAAACGGAACUUCUGUCGAAGUCGAUCUAAUCAUCGGGGCGGAUGGAAUCCAUUCAAAGGUCCGUGGAGCCGUCAUCCCGGCUUCGCAUCCAGAGCCUGUCCCGUGCGGUCUCUCAAUGUAUCGAUUUGUCCUUCCAAUGGAUGUCGUCAUGGACACCGUCGCGACGCACGGAACUAUUCCAGCGAUGUACAACUACGACGACGGAACUUUCAUAGCACUUAUAGCUGCUGGAGAUAAAGGCAACCGAAAUGUGAUUAUGUAUCCCUGCCAGGGGCAUAAGCUCAUGAACUGCGUUUGCGCGGUCCCGAACUCGAGUCUCAAGAACCCAGAAAAGCUUCAAUACUCCUGGAACGCUAAGGGGAGUGUGCAAGAGCUAUUGGAGGAAAUACAUGACUUCCCCGAGUGGUUGAAACAUGUCUUCAGUCGCACCCCUCAAGUUGCGCUAUUCCAACUUCGGGACCAGGAGCCUUUGCCCACGUAUGUUAAGGGCCGAACCGUUUUGAUCGGUGAUGCUGCUCAUGCCAUGGUACCAUACCAAGCCCAAGGCGCCAACCAGGCCUUUGAGGAUGCGGAGGGCCUCAACGUUCUAUUUGAAAAUGCCUCCGACCGUAACAGCGUUCCCGAAAUCUUGAAAAUCUGGGAUAGCAUCCGCCGGCCACGGGUAUCGGCGGUUCAGACGGGUUCACGGGCCUCCCAAGCUAAGAUUGCGACGAAGAGUGCAGGGGAUGCCAUUCUGUCGGUAAAGCCUUAUGUUGGUAUGAGAGAAGCUCUUGAGCAGCUGGAGACUUAA